AAUGAUUGCUUGUAUACAGGUAUGUAAGAUCAGUUGUGCGGGUCCGCAGACAUACAAAGAGCAUUUGGACGGACAAAGACAUAAGAAAAAAGAGGCACAAUUGAAGUCAACGACAGUCGCCACCAAUAAUACCAAAAGACACGGACAACCGGUUGGAGGCGUAUCCCUGCGGUGCGAGUUGUGUGACGUGACCUGUACUGGCAAUGACGCCUAUGCGGCACACAUUCGCGGCGCUAAACACCAGAAAGUGGUGAAAUUGCACACAAAACUCGGGAAACCCAUCCCUUCUACCGAUCCGGUGGUCGUCUCACCAAACGUUACCAAAUCUACUAAAUCUGGUGACACAACAGCGACCGCAGGAACUGCACAAUCGACGGUUGCGGCGAAGAUCAAAGUGUUGGGAACGCCUCGAAUCAAUUUCAUCGGCGGAGGAAGACUUCAUACCACAAAUUCUGGUGAAGUGAGAGAAGAGAGCACUACUGACGACACGACUGGUGCGGCUCAAGAGAUGCCAUCGCAAGCGCAAGAGUUUUCAGAGUCUGGCGACGUAAACAUGUGUCAGCUCUCAGAUCUGGAUAAAAGCGAUGCCCAACCCGUCGGUCAGGACUAUAUCGACGAGAUUAAGAGCGACGACCAAAAAGUGGUCAGUUUUCACUGCAAACUAUGCGACUGUCGUUUCAAUGAUCCGAACGCUAAAGAGAUGCACUUAAAAGGACGCCGACAUAGACUUCAAUUCAAGAAGAAAGUGGACCCAAAUCUUGUGGUCGAAGUGAAGCCGAGUCUAAAACAUCGGAAAUUUUCUGAACAAAAAGACAAACGAUUUAAUAAUUAUAAGCGAGACGUUCACUACUGGAACGAUUGGUAUACACCAAACACUGGACGCUAUUAUGACUCGCGUCCCAUUGGACUUCCAAUGCCACCCAUUCCACCGCCACAUAUGGGUCCGCCACCACCGCCUGGUUUUGGCAACUCUUUCAUUGGCUCUCCAAUGCCUCCCUAUAGAAGAGCGAGUAAUUCAAACUCUUGGGACGACAUUCAUAUAUUGCAAAAGCAUUCAGAAAUUUGCCCAAAAGAGGAAGAAUUGGAUGAAAUCCAUCACUUGGUCUCAUGUGUCGAAAGAGCUCUGAAACUAGUAUCCGAUCGAAUGGCCGAAGAAGACUCGGCUAUUGCUAUGAAUGACAUAAUUAAACAAGAAUUUGAACAAAUGCCUGAUCCUAAUAAACCAUCGAGUGGUACAUCUGAUGCUUCAGCUAAAGACAAAUCUCAAACGGAAUCAAAUACAAGCGAUAAUAAAUGCGAAGAAUCGCAGUUCCGUCUAAUGAAAGGUCUGGUACGGGUCGGCCCUCUCGCCAAAGGACUCCUAUUAAGUGGCGAUAAAGAAGUUGAUUUAGUGGUGAUUUGCGCUCAAAAGCCUACAAAACCACUUCUUCAACGUAUUGUCGAUUUACUCCCGUCUCAACUUCAGAUUGUUUCGUCCAUCGAUUCAUUUGAUAUUGUGAUGAAAGCACACGAAUCGAGUCUUUCAGUGAACACCAUAAAUGAGCCGAAGAUCACAGCAAACGUUACGCUCACAUCUCCUUUAAUGAGAGAUGAAAAUAACAGCGAAGCCGUGGCCACAGCGGAGAUGUUAGAGAUGGUUAAAGAGCCGCAACAACUGCUCGAUCGCUACAAAUGUGUCGAAGCACUGGCAGCUCUUCGACACGCAAAAUGGUUUCAGGCUAGAGUUGCGAAUCUACAGCCCUGUCCUCUAAUCAUACGGAUAUUUCGUGAUUUAUGCAAACGUUUGCCGACGUGGGCUAAACUCAGUCUUUGGGCCAUUGAAUUACUGGCAGAAAAAGUCAUAUCAAGCGCUGGCGAGCCGUUAGCGCCGGGAGAGGCGUUAAGACAUACUUUUGAAGCCAUCUCUUCAGGUAUUUUAUUGCCGGGCGGAACCGGACUCGUGGAUCCGUGUGAGAAGGAACCCACCGAUGCUUUGGCUGCACUCACACGACAAGAACGGGAAGACAUCACAUCAUCGGCUCAGCACGCGUUAAGACUCAUAGCUUUUCGACAGAUCUAUAAGAUCUUAGGCGUCGAUCCGUUGCCUCAGAAACACCGCAAACGAAGACUUGAUUCAGAAAAUGGAUCCGCAGUUGAAGUGGAACUCGAGGCUAAAAAAGAUAGAAAAGAGACGACACUCGAGGACAACGGUGCCAUUGAAUUACUGGCAGAAAAAGUCAUAUCAAGCGCUGGCGAGCCGUUAGCGCCGGGAGAGGCGUUAAGACAUACGUUUGAAGCCAUCUCUUCAGGUAUUCUAUUGCCGGGCGGAACCGGACUCGUGGAUCCGUGUGAGAAGGAACCCACCGAUGCUUUGGCUGCACUCACACGACAGGAACGGGAAGACAUCACAUCAUCGGCUCAGCACGCGUUAAGACUCAUAGCAUUUCGACAGAUCUAUAAGAUCUUAGGCGUCGAUCCGUUGCCUCAGAAACACCGCAAACGAAGACUUGAUUCUGAAAACGGAUCCGCAGUUGAAGUGGAACUCGAGGCUAAAAAAGAUAGAAAAGAGACGACACUCGAGGACAACGGUGUCGAAGAAAUGUCAAUUAAUAAUGAAACUUAAUUUUUGAAGAAUUUGUAAGAAAUGCUAACAAAUGGAUGUUUAAUACGAUUUGUAGCCAUCCCUUAGCGUUCACUCUUUGGUUUCCAUAUUUGAUACAAAUCUAAUGUUUAAACCGUAUAUUAAUUUAAAUCUGAUUUUCAAACCU